AGUCUCCAGGUGCACACACAGCACCCUCUGUUUGAAGGGGGGAUGUGUGCUCCCUGCAAGGACAAGUUCCUGGAGUGCCUCUUCCUGUAUGACGAUGACGGGUACCAGUCCUACUGCUCCAUCUGCUGCGCUGGGGAGACGCUACUCAUCUGCGAGAAUCCCGACUGCACCCGAUGCUACUGUUUCGAGUGCGUUGACACCCUGGUUGGCCCCGGGACCUCGGAGAAGGUUCACGCCAUGAGCAACUGGGUCUGCUUCCUUUGCUUGCCCUUCCCCCGGAGCGGGCUGCUGCAGAGGAGGAGGAAGUGGCGGUCGGGGCUGAAGGCCUUCUAUGACCGGGAGGCGGAGAGUCCCCUUGAGAUGUACAAAACUGUGCCUGUGUGGAAGAGAGAGCCCAUCCGGGUGCUGUCCCUUUUUGGGAACAUCAAGAAAGAGCUGACGAGUCUGGGCUUUUUGGAAGAUGGUUCUAAGCGGGGAAGAUUGAAACAUUUGGAUGACGUCACCAACGUAGUGAGGAGGGAUGUAGACGAGUGGGGCCCCUUCGACCUCACCUAUGGUUCCACGCCUGCCCUGGGCCACACCUGCGACCAUCCCCCCGGGUGGUACGUGUACCAGUUCCACCGCAUCCUGCAGUACGCGAGGCCCCCGCCUGGCAGCCCCCAGCCCUUCUUCUGGAUGUUCGUGGACAACCUGGUGCUGACGGAGGAGGACCUGGAUGUGGCCACUCGCUUCCUGGAGACUGACCCGGUGACCAUCCAGGAUGUCCGUGGCAGGACUGUCCAGAACGCCGUGCACGUGUGGAGCAACAUCCCUGCUGUGAAGAGGCACUCGGCUCUGGUGUCCCAAGAGGAACUCUUCCUACUGGCUCAGGACAGGCAGCGAAUGAAGCCCCCUGCCCAGAGCCCAGCCACCCUGGUGAAGAAUUGCUUUCUCCCCCUGAGAGAGUAUUUCAAAUAUUUUUCAACAGAACUCACUUCCUCUUUAUAAAUGAGUCAUUAUACCGUGAGAAAAAAAAAAAGACUUUUCCUAGAACAAAGGCAACUUUCCUUA